AUGAACACGACGCGCCAUACUUUGGUCAUAAGAGGCAAAUACAAACGUGUCGUGCAAGUAUGUCCGUCCUUCCGCUGCAUAAAAAAUGAGGCAACUCACGCAUCACAGUACUCGUCAACAUCGCCGUUGAGUGUUCGUAUAUCCAGCGCUGCUGUUUACACUUCCUCGCCACGAGCUCUAGAAGACUUAAGCUCCAACCAGCUAACGGAACUGCCCCGCGAAGUAUGCCAGAUGCCGUUGCAAGUGCUUCUCGUGCCGGACAACCUGCUGUCUACGCUGCCGAAGGAGAUCGGCAAGAUGGGCUCGCUGGCCGAGUUAGACGCGUCGAACAACAGGCUGACGCAGGUGCCGAUGACCCUCGGCGACUGCGGUGGGCUGAGGGCGCUCGACCUCAGCAACAACCAGCUGGGUUUGCUGCCGCUGCAAAUCACAUAUCUACGCCUCGAGCAUUUGGACGUCAGCUGCAACUGCAUAUCGUCUCUACCACUGGAACUUCGUAACAUGACCACACUAAUAACACUCAACUUGGACAACAACCCUCUCGUCUCGCCACCGACUACAGUGUGUAUGCGCGGGCGCGUGCACAUAUUCAAGUAUCUGGAGAACAUGUCGAACAAGGACUCGCUGCCGGCACACAGGCGGCUCGACGAGACGAGACGGUCGGCGAAGCACACGUCAUACAUCAACAGCUCGGCCCCGCAAAGCGCCGCGCACCAGAUCACCUCGGGCAACGCGACCAUCGACUGCUUACGUCACAAGCCGAGACACGUCAUCGACAGCGGCUACUGCACGGACGGCGUGGACAAGAGGUGGUCCAAUGAAGCGGGUGGCGAAGCGGGCGGUGGGGGUUCAGGCCGCUCCACUCCGAGCACACCCUCCACCCUCUCACCAGGGGCUGCCCUGUCUCGCGCCCACUCUCUCUCCAGUGAAUCCCCUUUAGCCCCUUUGACGCCUUUACUCACCGGCCUCCGUAUAUCACCCGAAGGGACCAUUACAAAUGGCGACGAUAAGACUAAAUUAGCACAUCAGCAAACCUACAGACAAUACAAAGAAGCCCUAAGACAGCAGCGCCAGCAGGACAUCUACCGGCCCCGCACCGACCAGCCCUCGCCCGAGCUGGACCCCGCGCCCCAUUCGCAGUCGCAGUCCCCCGUCCACUUCCAGAGGAGCUCCGCCCCGCACUCCCCCGUCAACGGGCACACCUCCCCCAGCCCGUACCACCGCUCGCUCUCCUCCAACGCGUCCCAGUCGCCGAACGCGCCCCAGUUGCCCAACGCGGCCCAGUUGCCCAACGCGGCCCAGUUGCCCAACGCGCCCCAGUUGCCCGUCUCGCCCCAGUUGCCCAACUCGCCCCUGCUCCACUCGACGCCGAGACGGGUGCAGGGCCAGAGCGGCGGCGACGAGGCGAACCGCCGGCCCGUCCAGAAGGUGGUCCCCUCGCGGAACGUGAGCAGGCCGUACGCGAGCGCGAACGGUGCAGCUGACUAUGCCCGCGCCAACGGCCAAGCGGAGGCCUACGUGAAGCCCACAUCGCCCACCAAAUCGCCGCUCCGUUCGGCCGUGGCGCGCCAGCAGAACGGCGACGGCGCCAAGCUGGUCGCGGCGACGGUCACUUACCUGAGGGGCGCCCCGAGGGCGGGCAAGAUGCCCUGGAGCAAGGACGCCACCGACAAGCUCAGCUUCACCAUGAAGCGGGAGUUCGACAAGCAGAGGGAGGAGUCCGAGCUCCUGGCGCAGCUGAGGACGAUAAUCGAGACGCGGCUGAAGAUGUCGCUGCCGGAGCAGCUGGCGCCGGUGCUGGCGGACGGCGUGGUGCUGUGCCACCUCGCGAACCACGUGCGCCCGCGCGCCGUCGCCUCCGUGCACGUGCCCUCCCCCGCCCAGCCAAAAUUAACAAUGGCAAGGUGUAGAAGAAAUGUCGACAACUUCCUGGAGGCGUGCCGGAAAAUUGGAGUGGAGGAGGAGCUCAUCUGUUCGCCCGCCGACAUACUGGCGUACCCGGAGCGAGAGGGAGACGCCAGUAUCGUCCCUCUCGCUUGCACGGUCGGCGCGCUCCUCACACACGCCACGCCGUACACGCCGCCAAAGGGCACGCGAGUCGACCCGCGUUACUAUGGCAACGGGGUCAACGAACCGCCCCCGGACGACGAAGAAGCCGAAGAAGCCGCGUACGGGACCGAGAGCGCGGGGACGGCGCUAGAAUUGAACUACUACAGGCAGCCGAGCAGAUACGCCGAGGACAGAUUCAUAAGCAACUUCAACUACGGCUACACGACCAACUACACAAUAGACGAGUCCGACGAGCUGCACUUGAAUUACGAGAACGCCAACGAGCCUCCGCCCAGCGUGAACUAUUCGCCCGUGUACGACGGGCUGAGGAACAGAGGACCCUAUUACCAGAACAACAGGAUCCAAUUCGUGACGCCCUUCUGCAAGGAGGGCUCGGUGCUGACGAGCGACAACUUCGAGAUCUACGACACGGACGAGGUGGACUGCCCGCUGGAGGCCGCCAACGAAACGGACCACGAGGGACGCUACGAUAGGGACAAGUUGAAUUUGGACCUCCAGUGCAACAACAACACCGCUGUGGCCCCUUUGACGGAGACCGAAGAAGAGCGAGAGCACAGGGUACUCGUGACGUGGUUAUGCCUAGGCACGUUCGUCGCGUCCGCCAUCUUGCUUAUUCUGUUCCCUCUU